AUGGACACAGCGCGCAGGCAGCACCGCCGGUACACUACGAGUAUGCUGCUACGCAUCAGCCGUAUGCCGGGCAGCAACCUCAAGCGUACGGCGGCCCUCAACAGCCUCACCAUCCCAGUUAUCCGCAGGGCCAGCCUCAUUGGCCUCAAAGCGCGCCUCAUGCGCCAGCUCCCAUGUCUGCCAAUACUUUUCACCCCACUUAUGCUUCGCAGACUUAUCCUGCAGCCCCUCACUAUCCUCAUGAGCCUUCCUAUGGCGCACAACAACACUAUGCUCAGCCGUAUCAGGCAAAUCACGCGGCACCUCAGUGGGGUAGUCAAGGACCUCCCAUUCCGCCCACCUAUAUUGCAGGGAGAGGCCGUGGCGGCUUCAAUGACCGCGGGGCCGCCAAGGUCGGCGCUCGUGGUGGUUUCGAGCAUGCACGACAAGAACAAUGACCAUCAUAACGCCGGAAGAAAAAAGAAGCGUAAAACGAACACCCUCGGCCUGACGCCAGGCAUGGAGUCCGAGUCGGAAGACGACGAGGGCGAAGAGGCCGCCCUGGAGAAGUUGCUUGGGCAAGAAAGAUACCAAGUGGACGAUGUUGCCGAGUUCUUGGCAGAACGCAAAAAGAACUUCCCAACAAAGGCUCGCGCAGAAGCGAGAAAGAAUGCCGAGUUGGCAUCCAAGACGGAAGACGAGGAGUCAGCACUCCACAAGAAGCGCGACAAGCUUCGGCGACAGCUCGCCAAGGUAGAAUCCUCCAUCAAGCGCAAGCGUGAUCUUGGCGAUGAGGGUGACGAGAUGCGCGACCUUUCAUUGAAUGACUCGGAGGAGGACGAGAAGCCCGAGAGCAUGACCUCGAAGCCGUCAGCAGCCAGUGCACCGCCACCAGCCAAGAAAGCCGACGUGACGCGGCACUGCAAGUAUUUCUCUACAGGCGGUUCGUGCGGGAAGAAGAGCAAGUGCCGCUUCGUUCACGAUCCUGCCGUGCGCGAGGCUGCAAUCAAAGAGCGCGACGCGAACAAUGGUCGCCUCACGAUUCAGCAACGUCUUGUUCUGAACGAUCAGGAGCAGGAAGACCUGGCCAUCCUGCAAUCGAUCCAGUAUCUCCGCGAAAAGGGUGUCAUGAAGAAGGAGAACCUGCCGGUGCCAAAGGAAUUUGAGAAGAGGCAGACGCCCGCGCCGCCAGUGGCCGCACCGCUGUCUGCUCCUCAGAAAACUAGUCUCCUGCCCGCCGCGUCCGCCUCGUUGCCUCCGCCCCCCCCUAAGAGGGAGCCGGUGGGGAGACGCAACAGCAAGAAUCAUGCCAAGCCCCCUGCCUCCGCGCCCAAACCUGCUGUCGUCGACGCGCAAGCGACCAAUGCACAGAACAGUUCUGCGUGGCUUAAUACGCCCUACAGCGCCAACGGCACGCAACCGGACGACCUGCCGUAG